AUGUCUUGGCUUCAACGUACGGACGAAUGGAUAAACCUCACGACAAAAAUAGGCGCAUGCUUAUAUACAUUGGGAUUUGACAUCGUUUAUGCGUUUUCCGCACAAAGAUAUAAUACAGGGGUAAAAACGCAUGCGCCGUUGACGACAUUCGAUCGCACCAAUACCUUGGCUGUGUUGGUUGGAAAUACAAAGCAUCUGUGGCAUAUUUUCGCUUCGUAUGUACGCCAUAAUCACGACACUCAAAAACACCCCUUGGACACAUACACAAACAUUUGCAUUGAGCACGUUGUAUCGAGUCUCGUUGCUCGUUACCCAAACAGUCUUGCUUAUGAUAUCAGAUAUGCUUACGAAGUAGCACCGGAAAGAUUAGUCUCAUUUCAGCAAUUAAUGACAUCUGCCUCAUUUGCAUAUUACAACCCCAACUGCUUUCUAAGCAUACAUCCUAAAUAUGGUCCCUGGUUCGGUUUACGAGCCGUUAUUACGAUCGACAUGGAAGGUCCCGCUGAAACGAACUCACAACCGCCAUUGAUGAACCCAUUUCCAGAAUUAGAUGAGGUCUUGGCACGUAAAUGGGAAGAAAUUUGUAAAAGUGGUGUUCUAUCCUCAUUGCGGUCGUCUUAUGAACAACCAAAUAUGGAAACAGAUGUGGAUGCGGAAAUGGGUAAUAAUAGUAAUGAACGAACAGUAGUUGUCGAUGAUGACGAUGAUAUCAUCAAGAACAGUGGUUGGUACAAAUUAGUUGAAUUGAGAGACCUUGCCUCGAAUAUUCAGCCGCAUCCCUAUCGUUACAGCAUGAAUCAGAUUUGCUACCAUUAUACUAAAGACCCAAAAUAUCUUUGUGAAUAA